AUGGCCUGCUGCACAUCUCGCGGCUCUCGGCUUCUGGCCGAGUCGAAGCAGUGGCAGCGAGAGCCUCGAAUUCGUCGUGCACCCUUCGAAUUCUCUCACGGUGCCACAGAUCAGGAUGUGUUGGCACAGGAUGAUGCAGUUUGGGUGAAGGCUCAGACAGUUGUGGAGGUGAAGGAGGAAGAGGGAAAGUUCAGCCUCGAUAUGCGCUUUGUUGGCCAGAGGGAUGGUGAGGACCAGGAUCCUAACAACGUCCAGGCGGAUGCUGGAAAGGGAAAGGGCCAGGGCAAAUCUGCUCCGGAGCCCAUCCGCAUCGGUGCGAUCCAGGCCACAACAUGCUCGCGAUGUGGUGCACGUGGGCAUUCGGCCAGAGAGUGCUGGGCUGGAGGAGGCAAGCAGUACGACUUGGUCGAGGAGGCACCGGAGUCCUCCGGAAAGGCGGGUGGCAGAGGGUUGGAAGAUGCCGCUGGCGGACAUGAUGCCGCAACCGUGAAAAAAGCCCUCCAGGAAUACUUCAAGAGGAAAGCUGCGGGGGAAGACUCCUCGUCCAGUUCCUCAUCCAGCGACAAGAAGAAAAAGAAGAAGAAGAAAAAGGAGAAGAAGAAGGACAAGAAAGAAAAGAAAAAGAAAAAGAAGGACAAAAAGAAAGACAAGUCUGCUGCGAAGGAGGCAUGA